UCUCAUAUUUGACCAAAGAUAAAUUAAAAUAAAAAUAAGAAGAGCCCAAAAGGCAAAGGUGCUUUCUUCAAUUUUAAGUUACAAUCAACGAAUCAGCUUUAUCCAAACCUAACUCUUUCCGGCAGGAAUCUCGAUUCGCCGCCGUAACCGCCGCCGCCCCCGCUUCCUCCUUCCUCUUCAGAUUAAUCCUACGAAUCGCUCUGUUGGACACACCACUGACCGUAAUUCGAGCUCCCAUCGUCAUCAUAAGGAUUAAGAAGAAAAAAGAGAGAUUAUUUUAUGUAUGUUUCCAUAUAUUUAUUUCUACUCCGUGGUUGUGGAAUUUGUUGGUGACAAUCACGGAGCCGAAGCGCCUUAAAACGGAUAUGCAGAGCAGUGGGAACUUGUCAAGGAGUAGUAACAGUCCAUCAGUGAGAGUGCCGUCGUUGUCGCCGCCACCGCAGUCUCAGCAGUCGUCGAGGCGGCUCAGCUUGUGCUCGCAAAUAGCUACUCAUUCCUCCCCGAUUGUGUUCCCGGAGAAACGUACUAAGAAGCCCAAAGCUUUCUCAAAACGCAGCGAAGCCUCUAUCACGGACGAUCAAACUGGUAAUAAAUCUAAAAGGGAAGAGCAUCGAAUCGAUAUUGGUGGAGGGGAUGAAAAAUCUGAUUUGCUUGGUUAUGUAGUUUACUCAGGGAAGCUCAUUUUAGAUAAGAGAAAGAAUGUCCCAGAUGAUAAUAAUAAUUCCACCGUAGAGAAGGAUUCUUCUAAUGAUACAGCCAACGAGCAAGCUGUUGCUGCUAAACUGACUAGCAAGGCAUUGGUUUGGGGUUCACAUGUAUUGUCUCUUGAUGACGUUGUCUCGGUAUCCUACAAUGUUGGUGUUAGACAUUUCACCGUGCAUUCUUACCCUCUUAAAAAGGGUGCUUGUGGCUUUUCGGCUUUUAUUAAACCAAAGAGAAGCCAAAAGGAUUUUCGAUUCUUGGCUUCUAGUGUAGAAGAGGCGGUUCAAUGGGUUGGUGGGUUUGCAGACCUGCAGUGUUAUAUCAAUUGUUUGCCUCACCCUUUAGUUUCUUCGAAGAAGCAAGCUUCUUCUGAAUUGUUUCCGAUGGAUACUCCACCUGAGCUCGUGUUCAGAUGCAAGAAUCCUCCAAAAAUGCUUGUGAUAUUGAAUCCAAGGUCAGGUCGGGGUCGUUCUAGUAAAGUUUUCCAUGGAAUUGUCGAGCCAAUAUUUAAGCUUGCUGGAUUUAAAUUGGAGGUAGUCAAAACAACAUCUGCAGGCCAUGCUAAAAAGCUGGCAUCUACUGUUGAUAUCAGCACGUGCCCUGAUGGAAUUAUAUGCGUUGGUGGUGAUGGGAUUAUCAAUGAGGUUCUAAAUGGUCUGCUUAGUAGAGACAAUCAGAAAGAAGGAAUUUCUAUACCUAUUGGAAUUAUACCGGCAGGUUCUGAUAAUUCAUUGAUUUGGACUGUUCUUGGAGUUAGAGAUCCAGUCUCCGCAGCGAUUUCUAUUGUGAAGGGUGGUCUAACUGCUACGGAUGUUUUUGCUGUUGAGUGGAUUCAGACUGGUCUUAUUCACUUUGGGAUGACAGUCUCCUAUUAUGGUUUUGUCAGUGAUGUCUUAGAACUAUCUGAGAAAUAUCAGAAACGAUUUGGUCCACUGCGAUAUUUUGUUGCUGGCUUCCUAAAGUUUUUGUGUUUGCCAAAAUACCACUAUGAAGUGGAGUACCUUCCAGCAGCCAAAGAGGAUCGAGAAGGUAAAAUCUCAACUGAUAGGGAGGUAGUUGACAUGUCAGACCUGUACACCGACGUUAUGAGAAGGUCAAACGCAGAUGGCAUUCCUAGAGCCUCUAGUUUAUCUAGUAUUGAUUCAAUAAUGACUCCUAGCCGAGCAUCUGUAGGUGAGAUGGACACUUGUAGUAGCACUCAUGCCAGCACAGAACCAUCUGAAUAUGUGCGUGGCCUUGAUCCUAAGGCUAAACGGUUGUCGUUUGGGAGAAACAAUGUAACAGCCGAGCCUGAAGUUAUUCACCCUCAGUUACCACCCUCAACAACUCCAAACUGGCGUAGGACCAGGUCAAAAUCUAGGACAGAUAAAGGAUGGAGUGGAUCGACUGCAGCACAUGAUCCUUCUAGAUGUUCUUGGGGUAAUGCUGCAACAAAUGAUAGAGAGGAUAUAUCUUCGACAUUGUCUGAUCCAGGUCCAAUUUGGGAUGCUGAACCAAAAUGGGACACUGAAGCUAAUUGGGAUGUGGAGAAUCCAAUCGAGUUACCAGCGCCACGAAAUGAUCUCGAGUCAGGAGCAAAGAAGGAAGCCGCCCCAAGAGUCGAAGAUGAAUGGAUUGUAACUAAGGGGCCAUUUCUCGGCAUCCUUGUGUGCAACCAUGCAUGUAGAACCGUGCAGAGUUCUCAGGUGGUGGCUCCAAGAGCUGAACCCGAUGACAACACCAUGGAUAUGCUCUUAGUUCACGGGAGUGGGCGACUCCGGUUGAUGAGAUUUUUUGUGCUACUACAGAUGGGUAAACACCUUUCACUGCCAUAUGUUGAAUAUGUCAAGGUAAAAUCUGUCAAAAUUAAGGCUGGGAAACGCACGCAUAACGGUUGUGGCAUUGACGGUGAGUUUUUCCCCCUCAAUGGAGAAGUAGUGUCAUCGUUGCUUCCGGAACAGUGCAGACUAAUCGGUCACUUCCGUGGCCAUCAUGAUGUCUGAUGAAGAGAUUUUUUAUUUAUUUGAAAUGUUCUUGUCAUAUCUAGAAUGCAAAAGGCUCCCUACAAGACUCACGGCUCUGUGAGUAUGCGGAGUAUGCUUAAGACAUAUUUUGUCUGAAUAUUAUAUUAUAUCACAUGUGAAACCCCUCCCAUUUGUGCCAUUAAACAUGCAAUGAGGGUUUCUGUAAAUUUUUAUUUUUGUUGGGUUUUUGUGUAUCUGUUGCUUUGUUUAACUCCGUGGUCUUGUUUCUUUCUGUGUGGGCUUCUCAAUGUAUGGAAAAUUCAUUUCUUGUUUUUCAGUA